GAUUUUCUGUCAUGAAAUCGAAUAACAAAUCAACGUUAGUGAGGAAUAAGUCAGACAGACUAAAUCAAUGUUAUUUAGUCCUCCAUUCUGUACGCGUUUCAGCGUUAAUAAAUCUCACAUCUCUCGGUAAAUUGCCGUGUUUUUCUUACAAGAAUAUGGCGCAACAACAAUCCUCGUUGAUAUGCAGCUUCGUGGCUCGAGGCACAGUAAUCCUCGUGGAGUUCACUGGUUUCGAAGGCGAGUUCACAUCCAUCGCUACACAGUAUCUUCAAAAGCUUCCUUCCUCAAACAACAAGCUCACCUACAACUGUGAUGGUCAUAACUUCAGUUACCUCGUUGAAAAUGGUUUCACCUAUUGUGUUGUUGCAGUUGAAUCUGCUGGGAGGCAGAUUCCUAUGGCCUAUUUGGAACGAGUGAAGGAGGAUUUCAACAAGAGAUACGGUGGUGGAAUGGCUGCAACUGCUCAAGCAAACAGCUUAAAUAAAGAAUUUGGGUCGAAACUCAAAGAGCACAUGCAGUAUUGCAUGGACCAUCCUGAUGAGAUUAUCGAGCUUGCUAAGAUGAAAGCUCAACAAGCUAAAGAUGACAUGAGGAAAGGAAUUGAAAAGAUUCUUAGCCGUGGGAUAUCUUGUAGUUUGAGUUGCAGCUCAGAGCCACAGGUUUUCAUAAGACCAAGGAGAAGAAAGAUGCGGUUUCAGAACAUGAAACUCAUUGUUCUUGCAAUCAUCAUCGCCUUGAUCCUCAUCAUCAUCCUCUCAGUCUGCGGUGGCUUCAACUGUGGCAAAUGAGUCUGGGAACAUUUUCUUCCUCGUUGUGCUGCUUUUGCUAUGUUUCUCUGCUUAGAUUUUACGUCUUGAAAUUGGUUUUGUAUAUACAUAUAUAUAUGUUCAACAUUUUGCCAACAUUUGCUAUUGCUGUUACCACCGACACUGAUUCUUGGCAACCAUUUAUUUGGACUUGAUUUGAACCUUAAUGUUUGCUUUGGUCUGACUCGACUUUUGCAAAUGGCUAUGAUGACGGUAUAGCAUAGUCUGCCUGGUCUUAAUCUUAAUCUGGUCUGACUGGUUUAGCAAAGUCUCUGGAUAGUUUCUUAAAACCUGUUAAGUAAGUCUUGGGUUGCUUUGUAGGUUGUAGCCAUAUUGGGCUCAUGUGUUUCGAUGUCUACUUUUCUCAAAGCUGUGAUGGUUUUAUUGUAAUGUCUUCAUUCAAAUAGCUUUGGAUUAAGAGAUGGAAUUGGAAACACACUACAGAACAGAGGAUAAGAUGUUGAAAAAAGGGGAUUACUAUUUUUGGACUGAGGAUAUUAUUGUUGUUACAUUAUUUGAUCGUGAUUUUGUUAACGUUGAAAUAUUGAUCUGACGCAUUUACCCUCCGAAGAAAAAAAAUGAAAUUAUGUAUUAUCUAUCAACGACCAACAAGACGUCGUUUUGAAGAUUAUACUUUGUUCGACGAGGCUGAGCGAGAGUCUUGGAAGCUUGGUAUCCAAGUUAUUUCUUUUCUUUUUCCAUUUUUUUGUUUUCGCUCUAUAAAUGGACCCCACGGAAGUAUUAAAUAAUAAAAUAUGACCCAAAUAUCUGAUUAAAUAAAUUGUUAACGUUGAAACAUUGAUCUGACGCAUUCACCCUCCAUCGAAGAAAAAGGAAAUUAUGUAUGCUAUGGACACUUGGGAUCCAAGCUAAAUCCUAUUUUCCUUUUUUCGUUUUUUCGACGCUCUAUAUAAUAUGAUUCACUAUUCUAUCUCUCUCUCUCUCUAUUUCCAUACUUGACUUCGAGAGUGAAACCCUAGCUGCUACACUUGCCUUUUCUUUCUUUUUUCCACAUUCAAUCUCUUCUGUAGAUCAACAAAGGAAAGAAACAUGAUGACGACGAAGAAAAUUGCGACUGAAACAGAGAAGGCUAGGGCUGGUGAUGGCGGUUGCAAAUCUUUCGCAGCGAGGCCUGUCCAGGCGAAGAAGCAAUCGGUGAAACUUUCUCAAAACCCUAAAUCUGUGAUUAGGAUAAAGCUGAAGAAGCCUUGCAACUCUGUUUCAACAUCAAGGCCUCUAGAGGUGACGAAGAGGAAGAAGCGGUCUAUCCCGAAGUUUCUGGAACAAACCCUAAAGUUGUUGCAGCCGUGAAGAAGAACGACAAGGAUACGUUGGAGCUGUUCGACAUAGCCAAGAAAUCAGCGGAUGUGGCCAACGCGAAGGGACUUCUUGCGGCUAAAGCAGAGACAUCUAUCUGUGUGGAUACUCUCUCUUUGCUCAUUUGUUUUCCCAUAAGCGCAACAGCUCCUGAAACGAGGAGGAUCAUGGAUAGGCUUGGGCACCUCACAAGGCAUAAAGACCGCAAAAUCUGCAAUUCCGCUUCGGCUCUUUUUCAACAUUGGAGUCAGAUCAUAAGAGAUCAACAACACUAAGAUGCCUCUAUAACUCAAGGACAACAACACACGAUGGAAGUUGGUAGGGCUUUGUAAUUUGACAACAACAAGUCUCGGUUGUUUAAUUCUUUCUUGUAAUUUUCCAGUUUAUAUUUCUGUUUAUGUGUGUAUCGAUUGAAAUUGUAUUCUUUCAGUUGUAAAUCUGAUGCUUGAGAAAAGUUUUAAUU